UAUAAAUAUCCUCUCCCUGCUUCUCUCUCCCUCACCGUCCUGCGCGUCUUCGUUGAAUAGACAACUCCGAGUCCCUUUUCUAAAUCUAGGGUUUACGUAUCAUGGAUUAUCCCUAAACUCGCGAUCACAUCGGCACGAUUCUGUAUUAGUCGCGAUCUCAGUACGAUCUGAAAUUUCUAACUCUCCCUGUUUGUGUCGGAUUCCUUUUUUGCACUGUUGCCAGGAAAAAGGUUGCCAAAAUUAGGGUUUUCGAGGUGAUCGUGUAGGGUUUCGAAGAGCAUCGACAUAAUGCCUUCGUUACCCAUUGAAUUCCUAUUGCGUCCAUUGGUUCCUUAUUUAACGUUGUUUAAUGGUGGAUUAUGCUCUCAUCGUCUGAAACAUCUCGAAAAAAGUGAUCGACGUGGUAAUCUUACUUAACGUUAGGUUUGAUCGGCUUCUUGUAUUGUUUUCCUUUAUUGUUCUAUUAGGGUUGUUGGUUUUUUGUUUCUUUUUGUCCUCGUCACGAGAGGAGAGGAACUACUGAUAAGUUUGGUCUGGGAGUCAGAUAUAAAGUUACUGUUUUCUGCUGCCUUGACAUCAGCGAAGAAAGAUGGAGAACAGCUCUCGCCGGCACAAGGAACUCUUAGAUUUAGACAGCCCAUGUGACAAGUCUCGUGGAAAGCAACCUUUUUGUGAAAUUGUUGAUGAUUUGGUAAAUCACUUUGAGAGCAAUCUUGAUGAGCUCUUGAAUACCGAAGAACAGGAUGCAUCUAUGGUGUACGACGACAGCAGUGCAGACGAGGAAUAUGAUGACCUUAGUCCAUACCGAAGUGAAGUUGGUCAGAAGGUUUUGAGCAAGAGUGCAACUUUUCCAAGUAAUGGUAAGAUCCUAUCGUCUAUCUCAUCUUCAAACGAAGAAGAUGAUGAUCCUGAAACAGCUUUACAACAGUUGUUCUCCGAAGAGCCGAUACAACGUUCAAUUUCACUGCCUCUUGUAUCUGCCAUGAAAGGAAGCCGGGAGAAACAGGGGCUACCACUCAAGAAGCUCGCUGUGAAUUGGGCCCCCAAUGUUUAUGAUCCGCCUCCCACCUCUUUGUCACACUGUAUCAGUAGAGGCACAAAACAACAGAAGUGUAGGAAAGGCAAGAUUAAUGAUGAAUAUAACAAGAAGAAAAAUGGAAAGAAAGGGCAGAAAGGUAACUUAUCGCGUGGUAAAGAGAAAAAGCAAAAACUGCGCAAAGUAGCUAGAAAUGACAAGUCUUAUAGAUCAUUGGAUGCUUGUCCUGAUGAUUCUGAUGGUUUGGUUAUUGGUAGCCCAGACUACUGUGGGAGCAGCUUCCUCAAGAAAUCAGUCUCGAAUAUGCAUUAUUCGGUGGCUGAGGCUUUAUGAGCUCAAGCCUGAGUUCAGAAUAGGAUCUCUGGUUUUGUGGAUAAAUAAGUUUUGCGUUAUGUGAGAAUUGGUAUUAUAUGAUAUUUGGUUUAAGUAAUUGAACUUUGGAUGCUUGCAAAAUAUUUCUCUGUUUUAUGGAAUGAUUUUUCUAUGUUA